AUGAAUAGUGUAUCUAACUUUUCUAGAAAUCCAGAAAGCUACAGAUGUAUUGAUGAAUUACAAGCAUUUGCAUCAUCUUCUUGUCUUGUGAAACUGAAUAUUUCAAACAAUAUUUUAUCGUCUGCUGCUCUUCUUUCUCAUGUAAUGGCUGUGAAUCAAAUAGUCGAACUUAAUAUGUUUGGUUGUAAUCGACAAGUUUCUUUCAAUUUCCCGAUUGUUCCAUAUCUUAUUUUUGUAGAUAAUCUUGAUUCAUUAAAUGGUCAUUCACUUUCAACAAAUAUUCCACCUAUUCAAAUUAUUCUUCAUCAUGAAUAUGUUGGUUUUGCAAGUAGCAAUUGA